UUGUCCUAUGACUUUGUCAUAGAUUAAGGGAUUUUAUUUGACGUGUUGCUGUUUUUAACGUGCCGUUCGUACUACUAAUCAUUUCUAAGUUUCUGAAUGGUUUCUAGUAAACACUAAUAAACGUUUAUACACAUUCGAAAACAAACGUAUUAAAGAAAAAUAGUAAAAACUGUUAAUAACUGUUGGAUAUUAUUUUUUUAAAGAUGUAUAAACGAAAAUUAUUAGAAGAGCCCACUGCUAGCAGUAAAAGGGUUUUCAAACAAAAGCAUUCGUUGGAUUCUGACGAAGAAGAUGUAGAAGAUGACGAUAACGUUUUGGAUGAACGAGAAAUUGAAGGGGAGGAAGAAGGAUAUACAAAAAAUGUAGAAGGACAGUAUGUUACUGCAUUUAAUAUGAGAGAAGAAAUGGAAGAAGGCCACUUUGAUCGAAAUGGUCACUUUAUCUGGAAAAAUGAAAAAGAAAUUCGUGACAAUUGGCUAGACAAUAUUGAUUGGCAGAGGGUAGCAUCGGUGGAUAAAUACAAAUUAACAGACGACAGCAAAGGUCUCGGAGACGAAAGUACAGAUGAUGAGGAUGGAGACAGCUUCAACGAAGAGGAAACUUACAAAGCCAUAUUAAAGUACUUAAAAGAAAAAGAAACAAUAAGUAAAGCGUUAAAUAGGCUUAGUGGAGAUACAAAAAAACUUUCCAGUAUUGAAAGACUUAAAAGAAAGAAAGAAGGAACUCUUAUUCAAAAUAAAGAGGUAACAGAAUUAACACAACUUGCAAAUGAAAUUUUGACCAAUAAGGGAAAUAUGGACAUUUACCAAGAAACAUAUGAAAUAAUUCAAUCAAAAAUAAAGACAUUUGAAAAUAAAAAAAAGAGUAGAGGAGAAAGUUCCAUGCUGGAUAUGUAUGCUGAUGAUUUUGAAGCAAAAGAACAGCAGCAACUGAAAGAAAUGCCCAACUGUAUUACAAAUAAUACUGACACUAUGUGGGAAAUAAAGUGGAAAAAUGAUGAAGAAAAGAUAGAUGGGCCUUUUUCUACAGAACAAAUGGCAAAGUGGUCAGAAGAAGGUCACUUUAAAGAAGGUGUUUUUGUUAGAAAAGUAGGAGAUGAUUCAAAUUUUUAUUCAUCAAACAGAGUAGACUUCGAACUGUACUUGUAAAUGUUGUUAUAAGUUUAUUUUAUUGUAAAAUGUAAAAGUAUAUUCAUGAAUAUUGCUGAAUAUUAAAAUAAUCCUUUGUCGUAAUAAAAU